UUCUUUAACAGUCAAGCUUUCUCUGCAAGGAGCUCCAUUAAAAAAAAAAAAAAAAAAAAAAAAAACACAAAAAAUCAUCGAUUUAAACUUAACGAUUCUGUAUUUGAAGCUAGUGGCUGUUUGGUUUUAUACUGUACUAUAUAUAAGCUCUGCAGGAUAAAAGGUUAGUGACCUAAACAGCCAUAUGUGUUAUGAGCAAAAAGAUGUCAGGAAUGGUGUGGCCGGUGAAGGCCAAGGUUUGGGCUCAUCUGAAGAAGAUGAGUCGAGGGUUGAUGAUGCAGCUACAAACACAAAUAAUGGACCUGUAGGGACAAUUCAGGUCCAUGAUGGGUUCCAGAUAUCACAACAACAACCUCCUCAAGUUUCUGUGAUUUGUUGGGAGAGGUUCUUGCCUAUUAGGUCCUUGAAGGUUCUUCUAGUGGAAAGUGAUGAUUCAACUCGUCAUGUUGUCAGUGCUUUGCUGCGGAAUUGUAGUUAUGAUGUUACUCCUGUUGCAAACGGCCUUCAAGCAUGGAAGAUUCUUGAAGAUCUUUCUAAUCAGAUUGACAUUGUUCUAACAGAGGUCGUCAUGCCCAUUUUAUCAGGAAUUGGUCUUCUUUGCAAAAUUAUGAUGCACAAAACAAGAAAGAACAUUCCAGUAAUAAUGAUGUCAUCUCAAGAUUCUAUGGGCAUAGUAUUUAAGUGUUUGUCAAAAGGUGCAGUUGACUUUCUUGUGAAACCGAUUCGGAAGAAUGAACUUAAGAACCUCUGGCAACAUGUUUGGAGGAGAUGCCAUAGUUCUAGUGAUAGCGGGAGUGAAAGUGGGACGCAGACCAGAAAAUCAGAAAAAUCGAAAAGUAAUGAGGAGUCUGAAAACAAUAACAGCAGUGGUGAUGAGCAAGAUAAUGGGUAUAAUGGUCUGAAUAUUCGGGAUGGAAGUGAUAAUGGGAGUGGCACUCAGAGUUCUUGGACAAAAAAGGCAGCUGAAGUUAAUAGCCCUCAAUCACUAUCACCUUCAUAUCAGUUGGCUGAUGCUCCUGAUAGCAUUUGUGCCCAGGUGAUCCAUACUAAGCCUGAAUCAUUUAGCAACGGAUGGGUGCAUGUUAGUGAAACAAAAGACGGCCAUGAACAGGAUGAACAACUUGAUGAUGUUGCAAUUGGCAAAGACUUUGAAAUAGGAGUUUCUAAAAUCCCAGAGAAGUUAUUCACCAAUAAAACUAGCAAAAGACAGUGUAAAUUGUCUGAAGUAGAUAAUAGACUAUUUGACAACGGACAAUUGGAGCAUGACAAUGAAAGUAUAUGUGGAAAAUGGAAGGACCAAGCUGCUGCUGUCAUUAGUACAAAUGCCAAUCAUAUGAAUCCACAGGCUGAAGGAAGCGACUUUGAUGCUGUAAACGGCACUUCUGACAUCUCAUGUGUCAAAGACAAAGUAACUGGUGAUUGUGGAGAACUGCCAUCUCUUGAACUAACUCUGAAAAGGCUGCGAGGAGUGGAAGACGGUCGAAGUGCUGCAAAUGAUGACUGCAAUGUUCUGAGACAUUCAGAUUUUUCAGCUUUCUCAAA